AACAGUGUCAACAUCCGUGUACACACCGACUCGGACGGUGUAGGAUAUGUGCUCAGUGUAGCUAGUGAACCUCCAAACGUUACCAUGCUGCCAACAGUGUGCUUCGGAAGAGUUCUCAUCAUUCUUUUACUUAGAACAUCACUGGCACACAAUUGAAAUCAGAGGCUCUUGUUACCUUUAGCUAUUUCACUGGAGAGCCUGAAAGCGGCCACUAUGUUGGCCAGGACAGCACUGAGCAGAUGCGUUACUGCCCACCGCCUCAGUAAGAAUGUCACUUUCUAUGCCAAUGAAUUGGCAUCUCCGGUGUCGGGAUGUCGGACCCCCGCCUCCGAGCAACAAAAACCACUGCUGCUGAUGCUGCCCUGGUUGGGUUCGCGUGCCCAAGCCGUUGCCAAGUAUUGCGACAUCUACUUCCGCACCGGCUUUGAUGUGCUUGUAGUGGAGAGUGAGGUCCAAGAGUUCCUGUGGCCUCGCUGGGGUCUGGAUCAUGGCAAGAAGUUGCUAGAGUUGCUCCAGAGCGAACGCUUCGUCUCCCGCCCCCUGCUUAUCCAUGCCUUCUCUAUUGGUGGCUACACAUUUGCUCAGCUGCUGGUGCAUGUGUCCCAGGAUACACAGAAGUAUCAGCCGCUCACACAGAGGAUCAAAGGCCAAGUAUACGAUAGCUUGGUGGUGGGCUCUCUGGAGACGAUGGCUACAGGUCUUGGUAGGACUGUUUUUCCACAUAUGGAGAUGCUGGUAAAACAAGCAAGCCUGUUAUACUUUAGCAUUUUCAGACACCAAACGGUGAGCUACUUUAAAACAAGCAUUGAUACGUUCUGGAACAGUCCCAUCUCCGCUCCUGCACUGUUCUUCUUCUGUGAGAACGAUGCGAUUAGCGACCCACGGCUUACAGAGGAAUUGAUCGAGUAUUGGCGGAAGCGCGGGAUAGACGUCACAGCAAAGAAGUGGGAGGAUUCGAUACAUGCAGGUCACCUGAAGAGGCACCAACAAGAGUAUCUGACCAGCAUAAACAUGUUUCUCGACUCAAUCUGCUUCACCCCGCUUAAGGCCAAGAUGUAAGACAUAAUGACAUAUUGGCUUGAAUUUGAUGGAAAAUGGUUGUUAUCCUACGUUGUGUUACAGUAGCAGUGAUAGUGAACUUUGGGAAAAUCCAUUAAUGAAAUACAGAUAUUAAUUACAGUACUUGAAGUGGGUGGAGUGAGGAUACAGUCAACUCACAAUUCAGUUCAAGUUAGUUCACAAAAUGGGUCUCAGAGGCAACAUAAUUAGGAUACAUUUAAUAAGGCUUGAUAAGGUUAAAAGGAUUUAUUCUUUGAUACAGUCAGUUUAGUGUCAGUUUAUUUUACUGAUGUGCUGAUGUUAUUUUUCUUUUGUCCUUUGUCUUUCCAUUUGUCUCAGCAAAAAGAUUUGAAGCUACAGGGCUUUAAAAUUAGCAAGAGCAGUGACACCUGGUGGUUUGCCUAAGUUAUAACAGCCAGGGCACAAAGCGCAAAACCAAAAUGUGCAAUAAAAUUCAGACAAGCCUACGUGUUACUAAAUCAUACUCUCUUAAAAAUAAACACAGUGAAAAAAAUAAAUCAAAAAUAUUCAGUUUCCUAUCACGUAUCACCAAAUAAGCAUCAAAUGUUUACAUUGGAGGAGCAGUAACCUACAAAUGUUUGGCAUUUUUGCUUCAAAAAUGACUUAAAUGAUUUAUCAGAGUAGUUGCUGAUUAACUUAAAGUCAACUGACUAAUCAGUGAGUCAUUGCAGCUCUAUUUCAGUUUUAUCUUCAGAAAACCAAAGAAUGAAAAAAAUAGCGACAUUAGAAUUAGAAAAAGAACAGAUAUAUGAAGUAGGCUGGAUUACAUUCAACACCUCAGUCGACCCAAAUCAAAAUGUUCAGUACUGUUGUUCAUUUACAUUUACCUAUUUUGAAGCUUUUUCAGAUGAAUGCAAACAAAAUCACUGGACAGAUGUGAGCAGUUACGUGCACAUUUGCUCCAGGCAUCAUGAAGUAGGGCUUGGCAGUUUUAUUUAGAAAGCACGUUUCAUUACAGUUGAUUUACAUGAAAGUGCCUACAGCAACAAGUGACAUAAGACGCACACAUCUGCUUGAGUUAGAAAUAUUUUGUUUUGAGUGAAAUUUCAUGUGAGUUGUAUGACACCUGAUCCAGCAGUGUCAACAAAAUCAGCUCCAUGAUGUGCUUGCUUUCCUUUUUGUAAGUGCCACAUAUAAAUCUUACUGCUCUUCAUUUCUAUUCAGUACAGUUAACACAGUAGACGACACUCAUGAAGGAUUGGACAUUUACAGUUUCUGUAGGUGUGUCUGUGGCACUUUACUCUUCACUUUUUGGUAAAGGGCUCAGGAAGUAAAGUUCAACGCAGUUGAAGUAAACAGAAUUGUGAAGUUGUACAUUUAUAUUCCUUACAUCGGCACUGUGACAGUGAACACCGGGUAAUGAAACCAGCAUGCUACAGACAUUGUUUGUCAUUGAAUGUUGCAGUGUUAGGAAACUGGUAAGUGGAGAAGGUUCUUGUCGAUAACCGAACAUUUUGUGUAUAUAGUCAGAAAGUUUACAUUGCCUACUUGUCAAUACUCAUUUUUGUUGUGAAGCAGAAAAUGCAAGUUGUGUCUAGAGGCAAUUGUGCUUGCACUGUUUUCUACUUUCUCUAAGCCAAACACUAUUUCAAAACAUAAAAAAAAGAGCAACAUAGCACACUCAGCACAUCACAUGACCUCUUGAGAGACACUACCAAAGCCUCGAGAAACGAGUUGGACUGUUCGUGUCUGCUAAUAGUAAGCAGCAUAGGGAUUUCCAUUGUUUUAACAUGUUUACAGAUAAAUGGUUUGUCUGUUGAAUGUGGUUGUUAAACGUGAAAUGGUGCCUCUGAUUUCGUAAAGCUCUGAGUCUCAUAACUUGAAUGUCAUAAUUUUCUGAUUUGUUCAUUUAAAAUUCUAACAUUUUGUUGUUAAUGUUUUUUUAGCCUUGUGUCUGGUUUCGAAAUAAAUAUGAGGGC